UUCUAUUCAAAUAGAGUUUUAAUCACCCAUUAAUAUUUGCAUAAAUAACCAAAACCAGCGAGUCCUUUUAAGGAAAUACAAAGCGUCAUAUAAUCCUAAGUUAUUUUUUCCCAUAUUUGGCGCCACUUUCUCCCGCGUUUUUUUUCCUACAACCUCAAAAAUUCCGAACAAUAAAACCCCUCCUAAUAACUAUACCAAAAAAAAAAAAAAACCCUUUUUCCUACAGAGAGAACUGAAGAGCCCCAAGAGUACUAGGUCAUCGGAGCUGAAAAGGUUCGCCGCCGUUCACCGCCAUUCACCGCCGUUCACCGCCGUUGAACGUUCUUGGUUGAGGGAGGAUGUUUUAUUCGCAUACGUUCUUGGCUAGAAAGGGUCCAUUAGGGACAGUAUGGUGUGCUGCACACUUGCAACAUAAGUUGAAGAAACCUCAUUAUACUUCUACUAAUAUUGCUGCCACCGUUGAGCGCAUCAUGACUCCUGAAGUACCCAUUGCACUGCGGACGUCUGGCCACCUUCUACUUGGAGUUGUUCGGAUAUACUCAAAACAAGUCGAAUACUUCUCCGAGGACUGCAAAACAUUACUUCAUGGAGUUCUAAAGGCCUUUACGUCCACAAAUGUCAAUCUACCAGAAGAUGCCACUCAUGCACCAUACCAUUCUAUCACUUUGCCAGAAACGUUUGAAUUGGAUGCCUUAGUUUUUGAUGAAGAUCUUGACCCGAAUAGGGUUAAGGAUACUCAUGUUAAAAGUUACGAAGAGAUAACUUUGGAAGAUCAAACUCUACCGCAUGAAGAUCAGUAUGUUGCUAUUUUCAUUGAUGAGGAUAUAGUGAAGAGUUUGUCAAAAUCAGGUGAAGUUUCUGGAUUAGGUGCCACGCCUGUGGAGACAGAUUCUGGUCCUUCAAAUCUAGAUAGAACUGCUGCUCAAUCCCAACAUUCUUCCCCUGAGAAUCAUGCAGGACGAAGCGAAGGAACUGCUCAUGAUGACAUUCCUCAAGAUAUUCCAGAAGUUGAAAUCAUGCGAGAUGCUGUCCAUGAUAGCUUCGAGAAUGUUGACUUGUGGUCAGACCGAGGGAAUGAUGUCAUGGAACCAGAUAAAAUUCUGGAGGAACAGAUGAUGAGAGACAAGGAAACUGCAAGCCCAGUUGUGGAGGAGAUGUUGGCCCCUGGAGGACAUUCUAUACCAUCUCAACAGCGAGAAGAACCACCCCCGACUACUUCAGUGGAGGCUCAUGAAAUUGCUGAUCCACAGAUGUCAUUUGGGCAGCAGUCACUUGACUUAGCACUUCUUUCAACACCUCCUCCCGAGGAGCCAAAAAAUAGAAGAAAACGAAAACAACUCAUCUAUGAUGAGGACAUAGUAUUGUCAAAUCGUGAGAUGAAAAGGAGACUACAAGGGUUCGGUAAAAAAUUACGCGAAAAGAAGAAGCUUCCUUGUUCUUCUUUGGACAUCUGGAAGCAAAACAAGAGACAAAGAAAAGAUGGAAUUUUCUUUGAGUCGUUAAUAACUGGAUUAUGUGAUGAUCUCUGCAAUAUCUACAAGAAAGACUUCAUUUCAGCAAAAGUCAAGAUGGCUUCCUCACAGGAGGAUCAUGCAGGACCCAGCAAUUACCAAUCCCCUCCACCUGUGAAUGAUCUUCCAAUGGAAAUUGAAAGACUACGUGAUAGCCAAGACAUUGCAUCCACCAGUUUGCUGUCUGAAAUUUUGCCUUCACCAAAGGAGUUUGUUUCCUCUCCACAGACGUCCAUGCCUUCCUCAAGCAGAAGAGAUGACUUCAGUCCUGCUACUGCAACUUUUGGGACAGAGUCAGGUCCGAUAGGAAGAACCAUGGAUAGUGGGGUGCGGCCCACACCCGACCCAGCAGCAUCUACUGGGCAUAUCGGUUCUGAUAUGGAGACCCCUUCAACAUGGUUUGGAGGGGGACCAGAUGUGGAAGAUACUGUUCUAUCUGAUAUUCCUGAGUUUGAUAAUUCUGUUGGGGAUCUAAGUUUUCUAGAACAAGAUGACGACACUCCUAUUGGACUUCGAGGAACUCCCUCAUCAAGUAAGCAACGCGGAACGCCGGAUUUUGACACAUUAUCUGCUAGAACAAGAGCCGUGGCUCAAUAUCUGAAAGGGCAGUCACCAGUAACCCCUAUAUCAGAAGAGACUGGAGAUAUCAGUUUAAAUGCCAUUUUAGAAGGCAAAAAGAGAAGAAUAUGUGCUCGAAUGUUUUAUGAGACUCUGGUGUUGGAGAAUUGUGGACUUGUACGUGCGAAUCAAAAUGAGCCUUAUGGUGAUAUAACUCUAAAAGUGACUUCCAAACUGAAGGAGAAAUUUUCAAGCUGAGGCCAUUGUGCAGAUCUACAUAUAAAGAAAAGUAUAAGAGGUAGAUUUAUCGCAAAGCUUCAGGUGGUAUUUUAUCAGUGAAAGGGAAAAAAACUAGUAUGUGUAUAGAUCGAGACUUGUAACUUGAUUCUUUACACAUUCCUUACUGGGAGAAUUGUAGGAAAUUGUUCAAUCACACUUUUUAUCUAUUUCCAUCAAUAUUAUACUAGUGACUAUUAUAUUCCUUGUAAUUUUUAAUCCUUUUUCUAACAAAUCUGAAUGUGAUCUUUUGUUUUGAAAUGCAGAUAAAUCACUGUACAUAGAUGCAGCACUCAGUAAUUACUAUAUGACGAUGUACAACCUUGGCAGCCAUUUUGUCUAAACUAUUAUGUAUCAGCAGUUGCUUUACAAGGCAACUGGCAUUUUGCUGCUCCUCUUUGGAAGUCUUUGCCUGCUGAUUUUAAGUUGUUUUCCCUAGCCUUUAGGUGUAGUUCCUUUUUAAAUUUUUUUACUUAUGUUUAAAAGUUAUAUGCUCCCUCAAUCAUAGAGGGUAUCCUUUAUAAAUGAUAACAUUUGGUGUGACUUUUUUGUUUUAGUAGUUGAAUUUUGUAUCAUUGUACAAAAAUGGUCCUAAUCUUUGUGCAUUUUAGCUCUUCCGAUUUCUAUACAAGGAUAUACCCAGUAGUCUGAUACAACAAUA